AUGUUUAAAAUGCUGUAUCGCUCUUCUUAUGGGAGAGAAUUGUCUACUAUUCUCACCCAGCGACGUUUUAAGAUGACAGGAUUUAGCAUUUUUGUGCGGGAAACCCAAAAGGAACAUCAUAUAUUAAAGGCUAAAACUCUCCCUGAAGGUUCGAAGAAAAACAUGAAGAUUAUGUCAUCGCUUUGGCGUAAGCUUUCCAAGAGAAAACGAAUGAAGUACAACCAGCGAGCGUCUGUUGAACAGCUUUUAAAUAUUAAGGAUUUAUCGAAGAAAAACAGUAGCUUCAAUAUGGUUAUGCAGGUGCUCGCACAGGAUAAAGCUCUUCUGAACGUAGGUGAUGAACACUUUGUAGCAAGGCUUGCAUCCCGCACAGCGCGUGCACUUUCAGCAAAUGAUCUUGUAAAGCUAAUGAAGAAGUUGAAUGUCGAAUGGACAAAGCCAAUCCAACAAAAACUUUCAGGAAAGCACGCUGCCAAAUUUCAACGAAUGAUGUUUCCAAGCAUGAGAAACUUUUCGUCAUUUACUGAAAUGCAACACGCAGUGGCGCCAACUCGUCAAAUCUUGUAUGUUGCUGUUUGUCGCAUCCUUGCAGGCUAUCACAUCUCCUGGAGCGGGGAUCUGAAUCUGAAAGAGAAGUUCAAUUCCCUUGAUAGUAAGGUUAAGUCGUUGUUCAACCCCAUCUCUGAGGAGGAAUCACCUUUCUUUGAGACCUUUUGUGCGAGAAAUUGUGCAGGUUUUGAUGAGGAGCACUUCAACAUUAUCAUUCUCUUUGCACAAUUUCGUCAAAUUAUUGCGAAAGUCGUAACAGCCUCAGAUAUUGAUAUUGCGAUUUAUCGCAGCAUGUUGGCGGACGAAAGAUGCCACGAACCGGUCUACUUCAAAGUUCGACGUGUUCUCCCUUGUGCAAGGGAUUGCAGAAGUUCUGACUGCGGUACUUUUAUUUGCAGCAGAGCACCUGAGAGCCUUGUUGUAGAUCCUCAAUCCUAUGGUAUCCACAAAAAUUUUGACGAUGUGGAUGUGGCUACGCAACUUGCGGAGACCCGCCUAAGUCAAUCUGUCUAUGAUGAUAUUUUAGAUAGGGCAGCAGUGCUUCGACCUAAGGAGAAUGAAAAAAAAUUAAAGAUAUAUAUUGUGAAAAAUAUGCGCAAAGAGUUAGCGGCUAAUGACUCCUCAACAAUGGAAAAAAUUGCUAAGCAAGGCGUGCUGUUAGCUUCGAAGCUCUUGCAGUUAGGUAUGGGAUUGUCAAAAAUACCCCUUGUGUCGCGAUGCACUUCUGAGCAAUCAGGACUUACUGCUAUGCAGGAAGCCCCUCAGCUGACAGGUAAAUCAAAUGCGGAAAAACCAGAUAUUGAUUCUCCUUCCUUGAUUAGCGAUGGAAAUCAUAUAAUUAAGGCAUCUACCGUGAAGCAGCGUAAGACAAGAAGAUCCUUGAAGAAGUAUCAUAAAGUAUUCGAAGAAGAAAGUCAUGAGCAAUUAAAUGAAUCUGUUUCUAAUAAUCAGAAAUCGAACGAGAAAAGACGGCAAGAUGCGGAAUUCGAAGAGUAUAGUGAUGACUUUUCUACCGAUGACUACAUGCACAUGCUGGAUGAUGAAGUCGCAACUUGGGAUAGCCUUGAUUUACCUUCCCAAAAUAUGGGUCAGGAGGUUACUGUGUCUCUUAAGGAAACCGCUUUCAGCAUAUCCGAAGAAGGAAGCAUGGAGAAGGACCUUCCUAAGAAAUCGUGUGCGCGCAGAAUUUUAAGGAGUGCUAGGGUCCAGGACGACGUUAUGUUGGACCCCAAGCAUUCUAUUAUUUUCAAGCAUAAGCACAAACCAAGCAAGGAGAAAAUUGUGGGUACGCACCAUCAACUCUUCCCUAGUCUUGAGAAAGGUACUAUUGUAAAGCUACUUAAAAAAACAGCUUGCUAA